AUGGAUAAACAAAAAGAAAAUAAAAGAGCUUAAAUGGAAAGUGAAUUUGAUGUAAAAGAUAUUAUUGUAAUAGAUAAUGGUGCAGAUUCAGUCAAAAUUGGAAUUUCAGGUGAAGAUCAUCCAAGAAAAAUCGUUGAUAUUGACGCUAUGAGAGAUAUGUAUGUAUAUGUGUUAGAUUAAUUAUUAUAAGUAAAUGAAAUAUCUUCAUGUAAUAUUUUAAUUAUAGACUCACCAUUGAACUCUAAAGAAUAUAAAAAACAAAUAGCUGAUAUAUUAUUUGAUGAUAUGAAAGUAAAUUCAGUUCUUUUCUAAAAUAGCUCUACAUUAAGCUUAUUUUCGACUGGAGAAACUACAGGACUAGUAAUUGAAUCUGGACAUAGUUAAACUACAUGUAUUCCUGUUUUCGAAGGUUUUCCAAUUCUUCAUGCAUUUUAACAUACAAACUUAGCAGGAUAAAAAAUAACUGAAAUUUUGAAAGAAGUAAAAUAUAUAUAUUAUUUCUUUUUUUUAAUAAAUACAUAUAUAAUUAAGGAAUUAAAUAAAGCUUCUAGUAUAACUGUUACAGAUGCAAUAUAUAAAAGCAUAAAAGAAACUAUGUGUAAUGUAGCUAGGGAUUAUCAUAUUGAUUUAAAUAAUGAUAAUAUAAGUUUAGAAGAAAAAUCUUAUGAAUUACCAGAUGGAAAUAUACUUGAUAUUACAAAUACUAUGAAAUAUAAACCACCUGAGAUAUUAUUUAAUCCUAGUAUUAUUGGAGAUAAUAGUAUGUCUAUUAAUUAAAUGAUUAUGGAUACUUUAGGUAGAUGUGAUAACGAGUUUUAAGAAGAAUUAUUAAGAAAUGUUGUUCUUUGUGGAGGAAGCUCUUUAUUUAAAGGAUUUUUGCAAAGAAUUGAAAAAGAAUUAAUUUCUUAAGUUCCUAGUCAUAUAUAAAGAAAAGAUAUUAACUUUAUUUAAAAUUCUCAUAGAAGAUAUUCUGCAUGGAUAGGAGGAUCGAUGUUAGGAUCUUUAUCAACGUUUUAAAGUUUAGCUAUAACAAAAAACGAAUAUGAAGAAAAUUCUGAAUAAAAAUUAACUAUUAUAAAUAAAAAAGUAUUUUGAUAAAGAAAUAAAAGUAUUAAAGACAGAAGUUUAUUUUUUUAAUAAUUUUUAUAAAUUUAAUUAUUUGAAUUAAUUCAUAUUA